AUGGUGAUGAACAACCACUUUCCAGAAGACUUGUUGUUACAGAUUCUGGUAUGGCUGCCUGUUAUUUCUUUAUCGCGAUUCAAGUGCGCCUGCAAAUCUUGGUGCGCCUUCAUUUCAGAUCAAACCUUUAUCGAUGAACAUCUCCUCCACACUCAAUCCCCUUCCAACCGGAACAAGAAUGCCCUUUUUCUCGUUAACCAGCGUGAUAAAAUCCCUUCCAAACAUGUCGUCUCCACGCUUUCUUAUGAAACUCUCCAAGUAUCCCUUGCACAAGUACCCCUACCUUCAUUGUAUUCUGGAAUUAUCGACAAGAAAGUAGAGAUUUUUAUUGUGGGUUCUUGUAAUGAGACAAAGGUUGUCCCUGUAUCAAACUUGCCCGGCCUUCCUGCCAACUAUCGUGCCAGCCCUAACGGCAUCGGAUUUGGUUUUGAUGCCAAAACUCACAACUACAAGAUAAUUAGAAAUUUUCGAUUCUUCGAACGCUACCCUAACUUAGACGAGUAUGAAAUGGGACUCGUAGACGAGAAUGAAAUGGGAAUCAUGUUCUAUAGCGAGGUAUAUAGCUUAAGGACCGACUCUUGGACACAAGUUGACAGCCUCCCUUUUUGUAUUUGGAAUGCUUGUAGAGGUAUGAAGACAAACCUGAAUGGGAUUGGUAAUUGGUGGGCAUCGGAUACUGAUCAUUGGGAAGGUAUUUUGUCAUUUGACAUAGCCAAGGAAGUAUUCCUAAUAACUCCAAUGCCGGAUGAUAGCCUUAUAUAUAAUGGAUAUCGAUGUGAUGUUGAAUAUUUCUUGUUGAAUGAGUUGGUUGCUGUGGCUAUUAGUUGGAAAAAUAGACAUGCGGAGGGGUCAGUACGUAUGUGUUGGGAUGUAUGGUUAUUACAUGAAUAUGGGGUUAGGGAGUCUUGGACAAAGCUGUUCAGGGUUGGCCCUCUUACAGGAAUUCGUAGACCAUUAGAAUUUUGGAAGAAUGACAUCAUAUUCUUGGAAAAAGAUGAUGGACAGCUGGCUUUGUAUGACGUCUCUACCAAAGAGAUGAUGACUAUUCUUCAAAUUGGUGGAGAUCAUGUAUUCUCGUUUCAGGUCAUUAGUUACAUGAAAGCCUAG